UAUAGUCGAACAUUUCUGCUCGACAUCGGUAGAAACAAACUUCACAAGUUAAACUCCGCGGACACUGAUGAGCUGCAAGAUCUCGGCUUGCUACGGAUGCCUACCCAUCCUCCGACCCCCACCUCACCACCUCGCCCACAAUGGAUGCGCUUUAAGCGGCGCGAGAGGAAGCAGAAGAGGGGAGAGGCAUCGAUGGAGGCGCUGGAGCUGGAGCUGGAAGCGGUGGAGUCCCAGAUUCGCUCGCUGGAGACGAAGCGAGAGGGCAUCAGGGCUCUGCUCUUAACCCGUACUCGCUCGUCUGAGGUAAGUGUUCGAUACAACGACAAUCUCCCAGUUUCCUCAACCCCGUGCGCUUCUCUGUCCAGGCCCAGCGCACCGAGGACGCGGUUCGCCCAGGCGUCGUUCACGCCGACACCCGGCUACCACGGCCCCUGGGUGCAGCCGCGUAAGGUGCUUACCAGGUCCCGGGGCAGAACGUCUCCUCCUCCGGUGUUCGAGAUCCCCACGGAGAACCGCUUCGCCCCUCUCCGCGAGACGGGUCGCGAUGUUGCCAUCAUUGGCGACUCAAUCGUGCGCCACGUCCGCUCCACUUCCUCCAAAGGUAACAAAGUACGCACUUUCUGCUUCCCUGGUGCCCGAGUUAAGAAUAUUUCUGCACAGAUACCUACUAUCCUGAGCGCUGCCGAGAGCCUCGGUGCCGUCGUCCUCCACGUGGGGACGAACGACACCGGGCUCCGGCAGACGGAGAUCCUGAAGAAGGACUUCAGGAGCCUGAUCGAGACGGUUCGACGCACCUCGCCCGCCACGCAGAUCAUCGUUUCUGGACCGCUUCCUACCUACCGCCGAGGAAAUGAAAGGUUCAGUAGACUUUUUGCUCUGAAUGAAUGGCUAUUAACAUGGUGUGAAGAACAGAAAUUGCUCUUUGCCAAUAACUGGAAUCUUUUCUGGGAGCGUCCUAGGCUUUUCCGCGCUGACGGGCUGCACCCCAGUCGAGCUGGAGCUGAACUCCUGUCGGACAACAUCUCCAGAACACUUCGCUCUAUCUGACUAGUAAGUAAAAAUUCACAAAAUUCACAAUUUAGCCACACAGACUCCUAUUCGUCCCACAUAAAUAUCAGUAAUGCAUACCUAGCUAACCACAUAGAGACUGUGUCUGUUCCUCGUAUUAUUAGAUCAAGAAACAAACGUACUGUGUGCUCCAGAAAUAAUCUAUUAAGAAUUAAACCAGAAAAAACACUAAAAAGUGAAAAUACAAAUUUCAUGAAGCUUGGUCUCCUAAACAUCAGGUCACUAG